CCGCAGGAGUUUGGACAAAGACACGGAAUCGCGCCCGAAACGUCGGAAAAUCAAGCGCCCCUCUCUUCCUCUCUCCCGCCCGCGAGUUUCGGUAACGCAGAAGAAGGAGAGCGAGCAACGUGACUCGCCGGGAGCAUUUGUCGGUCGAAGACCCGCGAGCAAUGCUCCGAUUGACUGGCUCUCCCUCUCCCAUCAUCACUACCACCAUUUGCUCUCGUGCAUAAAUACAUGGGUGGAGGAACGCUCGUUGAUGGCUUUCUUCGCUGGCUUCACCGCCAUUCACACAAACAACAACCACAACCCUACCACAACGAUGAGAAUAACGCCCAUAACCGUCCGUCUGUUAUAAACGAGGGAAAUCUACCACAGCGAAGAGAAAAAGAAGAGGAGCCGAGGAUCAUUGAAGAUCUCGACAUCUCUAGUUUGAAGCGGGUACGAGUUCCCAAGAGGCAUAUCAUGGAUUCCCACAAGAAGGGUACACUCGAGAAUGAAUUCUUCACAGAGUAUGGUGAGGCCAGUCAAUACCAAAUACAAGAGGUUGUUGGCAAAGGAAGCUAUGGUGUAGUCGGGUCUGCAAUUGAUAAUCACAAUGGAGAGAGGGUUGCAAUCAAGAAGAUCAAUGAUGUUUUUGAGCAUGUCUCUGAUGCGACCCGAAUCCUAAGAGAAAUCAAGCUCCUUCGGCUGCUCCGCCAUCCAGAUAUUGUAGAAAUAAAGCAUAUUAUGCUUCCUCCAUCUCGAAGAGAAUUCAAAGAUAUUUACGUUGUUUUUGAGUUGAUGGAAUCUGACCUUCACCAAGUAAUUAAGGCAAAUGACGAUCUUACUCCUGAACACUAUCAGUUUUUCUUGUACCAACUUCUCCGAUCUCUAAAAUAUAUCCAUUCAGCAAAUGUGUUUCAUCGAGAUUUGAAGCCCAAAAAUAUCCUUGCUAAUGCAGACUGCAAAUUGAAGAUAUGCGAUUUUGGGCUUGCACGUGUCUCAUUCAAUGAUGCCCCAUCAGCUAUUUUCUGGACUGACUAUGUGGCAACCAGGUGGUAUCGCGCUCCCGAACUUUGUGGCUCCUUUUUUUCAAAAUACACUCCUGCAAUCGAUAUUUGGAGCAUAGGAUGCAUAUUUGCAGAAAUGCUUACAGGGAAACCAUUGUUCCCUGGAAAGAAUGUGGUGCAUCAAUUGGAUCUCAUGACUGAUUUGCUUGGAACUUCACCACCGGAAUCCAUUGCCAGGAUUCGGAAUGAAAAGGCCAGAAGAUAUCUAAGUAACAUGCGGAAAAAACCACCAGUACCGUUCUCACAAAAGUUCCCUGGUGUAGAUCCCUUGGCUCUUCGUUUACUCGAACGGUUGCUCGCAUUUGACCCUAAAGAUCGUCCUUCAGCUGCAGAGGCACUAGCUGAUCCAUACUUUUAUGGUUUGGCAAAUGUCGAUCGCGAACCGUCAACGCAGCCCAUUUCAAAACUAGAAUUUGAGUUUGAAAGGAGGAAAUUGGGAAAAGACGAUGUAAGAGAGUUAAUUUAUCGAGAGAUUUUAGAGUAUCAUCCCCAGAUGUUACAGGAGUAUCUUCGUGGUGCGGAGCAGACCAGCUUCAUGUACCCAAGCGGGGUUGAUCGAUUCAAGCGACAGUUUGCUCAUCUUGAGGACAACUAUAUGAAAGGUGAAAGAAGCACCCCGCUCUUGCGGCAGCAUGCCUCUUUGCCCAGAGAGAGGGUUCCUUCUACAGAUGACGCUGCUCAUGCAAACAAUAAUUUCGAAGAGCGAACAGCAGAAUCUGUGGCCCGUACAAUUGAAAGCCCUCCUAGGAUACAAGGUGAGGGAUUGCAGCAUGCACAUGGGGAUGCAUCAGCUGCAGAAAAUGGCCCAAGCAGACCAAAUUGCAGCGCGCGUAGUCUAUUGAAGAGUGCCAGCAUUAGUGCUUCCAAGUGCAUAGGUGUACCAAAGAGAACGGACUCAGCGGAAGAUGUGAUUAAUGAGAACCAGGAUGAAGCGGUUGAUGGGUUGUCAAACAAGAUGACUGACUUGAAUGCGUGAUGUUGGAGGACAAACAAGAUUUUUUAGUCAGAUAAACAUGGGUGCAAUCAUUAUCAUCAUCUGCAGAUGUGAUGGAUCCAUCCUGUUGUAUGGAUGAGUGGCUACCCCCUCUCUGUAUUCAAGAUUUUCGUCGGGUUCUCAGGCAGAUGGUAGUGAGUAAUUUGGAAAUUUCCUAAAGCUGUAUUAAUAUUUGUUUUUGUAUGGAGAUAUUACAGAAUGCUUCGGCCUCGAGUACUUAAAAAGUAGGUCCGGGUUUUCAAUUGGCACAAGCAGGGCCCAUGGAUUUGAAACAUUGAUAUGAUGGGCCUCACCGUGGAUGGCGUAUGCACAAGAUCCUAGCUGGAGAAUAUGUUGCCUUUUAUUGGUGAAAUGUGCUGUAUUUUCUUUCUUGACUAUCUGUUCGUUAGCCCCCCUAUUGAAGGGUUCCUAUCAGGCAGAUUUUUUUGGAGCAUGGAGCAUCUAUGAUGGGGACCAUGAUAUCUCAACGGUUUGGGUUAGUGAACCACGGGUCCCACUUGUACAAAAUGGGUACACGGAUGUUACCGUACAGACUUUUGUCAGGAGCAUUGUCUAAUACCUCUUUUGUGUUACCAUUUUAUAUAAGCAAAAUGCAACAGUGUUGAAUUAGCUGCU